UGAUUUAUCUUAGAAGUAGAAUUCUGUGGUAUUCCUUUUCUAUUAUUUAUCUUAUUUUUUAUUCUUUUUAGAUAUACAUGACAGUAGAAUGUAUUUUGACAUAUUAUACAUAAUGGAAUAUAACAUUCUAAGGAUCUCAUCCUUGUGGUUGAACAUGAUGUGGAGUUAUACUGUUCGUGUAUUCAUAUGUGAAUUUAGGAAAGUUGUUAGGAAUCAUUCUACUUUCUUUCCAAUUCCCAUUCCCCCUCCCUUUCCUUCAUUCCCCUCUGUCUUACCCAAUGAACUUGUUUCCCUACCACCACCACCUUAUUGUGUGUUAGCCUUUGCAUAUCAGAGAGAAGGUUCAACCUUUGAUUUUGGGAGAUUGGCUUAGUUCAUUUAGCAUGGUCAUCUUCAGUUCCAUCCAUUUACCAACAAAUGCCAUAAUUUCAUUCUUCUUUAUGGAUGAGUAAUAUCCCAUUGUGUGUGUGUGUGUGUGUGUGUGUGAGAGAGAGAGAGAGAGAGAGAGAAAGAGAUAAUCUAUUUAAUAAUAUGAAAAGAAGCUAAAACAAAUUCUGAUCCCACAAUCCUAAUGAAAAAUAAAUAUCAUUGGCAAUUGAAAUUUAGAAUGAUGAGAAUUCACCUAGAGAAAGGAUAUUCCAAGUGCAAAUGGAUUGUCUUUUUCAGAUUUGAAAUAAAUCUAUAUUCAUGAAGUGUGACUCCAUACAAACCACAAUAUGUCAAGAAAGAAAAAAAGAUCCAAUAGAAAUGUUUCAUUCUGGGCAGCUGGUGAAAAUCUGUGCCCCAAUGGUUCGAUAUUCAAAGUUGGCUUUUAGAACACUAGUAAGAAAAUACUGUUGUGAUCUGUGUUAUACACCAAUGAUAGUUGCCGCUGAUUUUGUCAGAUCUACAAAAGCCAGAGACAGUGAAUUUACCACAAACCAAGGUGAUUGCCCAUUGAUUGUUCAGUUUGCUGCCAACGAUGCCAGACUUUUAUCUGAUGCUGCUCGUAUAGUCUGUCCUUAUGCGAAUGGAAUAGACAUUAACUGUGGUUGCCCUCAGAGGUGGGCAAUGGCAGAAGGUUACGGAGCUUGCUUAAUAAAUAAGCCAGAGCUUGUUCGAGAUAUGGUGAAACAAGUAAGAAAUCAAGUGGAAAACCCCAAAUUUUCAGUUUCUAUUAAAAUAAGGAUCCAUGAUGACCUUACCAGAACCGUAGAUCUUUGUCGAAAGGCUGAAGCAACUGGAGUUUCCUGGAUUACAGUCCAUGGAAGAACUGUUGAAGAAAGACAUCAGCCAGUCCACUAUGAUGCCAUUAAAAUAAUAAAGGAAAAUAUGUCUAUACCUGUAAUUGCUAACGGAGAUAUCAGGAGUUUAAAAGAGGCUGAAAAUGUGUGGCAGAUUACUGGGACAGACGGUGUGAUGGUUGCAAGAGGACUCUUAGCAAACCCAGCCAUGUUUGCUGGAUAUGAGGAAACCCCAUUGAAAUGCAUCUGGGACUGGGUUGACAUCGCUCUUGAACUUGGAACUCCUUACAUGUGUUUCCAUCAACAUUUAAUGUACAUGAUGGAAAAGAUAACUUCAAAGCAGGAAAGAAGAGUAUUUAAUGCACUGUCAAGCGCAUCAGCAGUCUUAGAUUACCUUACAGAGCAUUAUGGCAUUUGACUGGACUUCCUAAAUUAUAUUAAUAUAUACUCUGUUUUAUACUUUAUAAAAUAUAAGGUUGCAUCUUUGUUUUUACUUUAAAUCAGUGGCUCUAGGUCCAAACACGGACAAACUGUUUAGAAUCUUGUUAUGGUUGGAGGAGGAGGGUUUCUCUAAAGGAAAUGUUUUUAACAUUUUUAAAUAAAAACUUUUUAUUUUAAUACUAACAAGGUAUGACUUAUAUAAUAUCUGUACCUUAACAAGAAGUACAUUUUUAAUAAAAGUAAGUGCAGAGUUCUGGUAGAAUAAAAGCUAACAUCAUAUAAAAUGAACAAGAAACUCUUAAAUAGAAUUAUUCUCAGGGCUUAACAUUAAAACUUUAAAUUGGAAUGUCAAACUGGUACACUUCCUAAUUGAAUUUUACACCUCAAGAUAUUUGUUUUAAAUUGUACAUAACAAAAAUUUAUUAGAUAUGUUAUCUGGAAUUUAGAACUAAGAUUGCAUGGAAUUCUAAUUUUUUAUUUUUAGCUAUACAUGACAGUAGAAUGUAUUUUGAUAUACAUAUGUAGCAUACAACUUCCGUUCUUCUGGUUGUAUAUGAUAUGGAAUUAAAUUGAUCGUGUAGUCAGAUGUGAACUUUGGAAGGUAAUGUCCGAUUCAUUCUACUAGCUUUCCUUUUCUCAUUCCCCCUCCCUUCAUUUCCCUUUGUCUAAUCCAAAGUACUUUUAUUCUUCCCUUCUUCCCCCCUACCUCAUUGUUAUUUAUGUGGAUACAUAUCAGAACAUUCGACCUUUGGGUUUUUUUGAGAUUCUCUUAUUUCACUUGGCAUAAUAGUCUCCAAUUCCAUUUACUGGCAAAUGUCAUAAUUUCAUUUCUCUUUAUGGCUGAGUAAUAUUCCAUCGUGUAUAUACACCACAUUUUCUUUAAUCCAUUCAUUUGUUGAAGGGCACCUAAGCUGGUUCCAUAGCUUAGCUAUUGUGAAUUGAGCUUCUAUAAACAUUGAUGUGGCAGCUUCACAGUAA